GCCAAAGUGAUCCGAAAUCCAGCUCAUAUCUACAAACUACUUAAUAGGGGCCCAUCUGUCCUAACUGGCCCAUUGCACCCCUCGCCAUGCCUUUAGGCUUUCAAGAAGUUGCUGACUGCUACAAACUCCGUAGUUGCAGCCAACUCAACGUUGAUCCAGUCAAUGAUUUCCUCCGACCACCUUCAUCCUCCACCAUCUCCUCCUUUUCCUUCUCCGAUCUCAACACCACCGAGUCUACAUUUUCCUUUUUCAUGAUAGGAGCACAACAUUGGGUCGCCGUUGCCGUAAAUGUAGAAAAUCGCGCCAGUUUUGUGUUCAUUAAGGACUUCAGGAUCGACAACAAUGACUCUACAAUUUAGGAGAUCAGGAUCGCUUUCUGAAAUCUUGAAGGCCAACUUGAUUUUUUUCAUGUGAGCUUUUGUUUUAAUCAUUUUUGUCUACUUUGAGUUUGCUUGCGGUUUUAGGGUUGGAGUUUUUUUUUUUUUUUUUCAUUUGGUUCUGUUUGAUUGAUGAAAAAAUGAAGUGAAAUCUCCAUGGAAAAUGCAUCUUAAUUCUUUAAUCAAUUUGCUUAAUUUUG